AUGCCGUCAUCAAAGUCCUCACCACACCGACGCUUCUUCAUUCGCUCCGCUGUACGCAAAUCUGCAAAUCGAAGUAACUCUGUCUGCAAUGCAUACAUCUGCAAGCGUCCAUCGUACGCUCCUUCCGAACUUCAACCAUACGACUACAAUGCGAACAUGAGUUCCAUAACCCCCCAGUCAUUCAUCGAUGAUGGCGGCUCUUUCAUAAAGCGCACACCUCGCGGUCUUGACCACGGCCAUGUGGCGGAAUGGGUUACUUGUAACAGCUCAGAUACCUCAGCCUAUACCGGCAGUUUCAUCGAUGACGGCGCGGACAUGCACCUUCCUCCGGGAGGAACCCCAGGCUUUGGGUCAAUUGAUACACGCUUCUACAAGCAGAAGAAACGAAAGGAUCCCAGACACGAUGUGGAGAAGAUGUGGAACAAAGACGUGCAAAGGGCGAUUAGUGGAGACAUACAACGGAAUUUGGAGAAGAUUCGAGGGCUAGGGGGACUAGAGGUGAGGAAACCAGAUCGCAAUCAGGGUAUGAGUGAGACAGCUGGCGGACAAGGAGAGAAGAAAAAGGAUACAGUAACGAUUCCCAUGCCACUUCAAUGGGGGACUUUCGUCAUCAAAGCAGAGGAUGGCCGCGUUAUCGUCGUGGACAAAGACGGAGAGUUCGACUCGGGACCACAAAAGGCUGUCAGUGAGCAACAGCGACCCUGGGUCAAAGCAGCAUCAACGAUCGAACCAGCCUCUCCUGCUCGCACUCCAUUCCCCCCAUCGCCACCGAAACACCGCAACUCUACCCGUCCGUCCAAGGAAUCCUCGGGCGACAGCCCGAAGCAGAAGACUAAAGGGGAAAAGACGGACAAGAACAAGAAGUCUCGCCAGCCACAUCGCUCGCCACCCAAAGCCCUCACGCCUAUCCCCGAGUCGGACUAUGAAGACGGCUACUUGCCUUAUGGCGGCGAAGAUAUGGGGUCGCCAACGGGCUUUAUGAUGACGGGUGGUGCCAGUGGUUGGCCAUCUAGCAAGCCUACAUCUCUUGUGUCUCCAGCUAUAUCGGUGAGCGAUGGAUACGAGUACAUCGCUCCAGGCUCACCGCUCAAGACCAUCAGUGAGGGAUUCAGAUACGUUACACCAGCCUCGCGGGGCUACAAACACGUUGUUCCAAAGGAGAACCGUAAAGCAGGUUCAGAAAGGUCUUGGGACGGCGGCCAGUCCGAGGGUGCGUGGAAAGCUGCCAGUUCAAGUCAUUCACAGAAGAGUGAUAGAUCGCAUCGUAUUGGCAGGAGCGGCAAGGCACGAACCCCCAAGAAAGACUUUGACAAUACUUCGAUAAAAAGUCAUUCGACCUACAGAGCGCCUACUGUUGAAGAUGCGCCCAAUGACUCUUCGGAAGAGAAAGGAGAUUGUAUUGCGACUGGAUGGGGAGGCAGUGUGAAGAGCAACGUUGCUCAUGACUGGGAUGGCAACAAGAAGAACAGCGAAGAGAAAGACAAGACAGCUGGAUGGGCUUCACCUUUCAAAAAUCCUCAUCCAUAUACAUGGGGAAGCACCAAGUCCCCCAGCGAGCAAAGCUGGAGUAAGAGGCCCAAAGCCGCCGACAAUCCUAGCUGGACUGGCAUUCAAUCUUUCGCUUCUCAUCAUGAAGUGGGCAGCCCCACGUCUCUACAAUUUGGUGGUCCGACGCGUCCUUCGAGCAAUGUUGCAUGGGAUGGCUUUGAGAUAAGCAAAGGACUCAGUGAUGCCGGUGUUGUUGGCACAGAUAGUGAGCGCGGAUCUCUAGGGCAUCAAAGUCGAGUGUCUAGUCAGCCAUCUACACACCGGACUCGUCGUAGUCACGACACCCGUACUAGCCAUAAGAGUAACAGACACAGACAGACUACUGGAUGGGAAGACGCCCAAUCAGGCUGGGCAGGUGGUAGUCAGGCUAGCCAUGAGAGUCAAUACUCCCAUCAGGCUGAUGCUGCGACCAGGCGGCCUAGUAGUCGUGGCGCCAGUCAAACGAGCUGGAAUGGCGAAAAAGCUCAUGUCAACUAUGGCGAUGGUGAUGACUGGGAUGACGGAGACACGGGCAAGGGAAAUAAUGCGAAUGGCUUCGAUGAGGACAAUGCGACAUAUUUAAACGACAAUUGGGGUGGUAUUCCAGUCCGAGUGGGGAGUCGCGCGGGGAGCAGGGCCUCAAGGCAGAGUGGUGUCGGCUGGGAGUAAGCAGAAGACGCGACGACGCGACGUGACUGUAAAGGAAAAAGCGAACGGAGAUAUUGCAAUGGAAAGAAACUCUGAGUUAGCUGCUGGAGCAUACAGGAUCAUCGAAAACACUAGCCGUAAGUCUG